ACCGGCCAGUGUUGUGGGAGAUACGCGUACAGUUGUUUUUAGCCAAGUGAGACGGGCGCUUUCGCUACAAAAAACUACCGUGUCGUAAAUUGGAUAGUUUAAGUAUAGAAGUAUUGGUUCCACCACACUGGAGGAAGUACUCGCUCCCUGUGCAGUCCACGAGCGGCUGCUGCAAGAAAACAAGCCGUUCCCCCCAUGUCGAGUGGCUCUCAGUAGGGCUCCGGCCUCUUCGUCUUGCUGCAGCUGAAGGAGCGACUUUCAGGCGGGCGAUCUGACAGCUCUGAUACAGCGCACCGCCCGUCCCUGUUUACUUGUGCUUUCGCUCAGCUCAGCUGUCGAGUAGCAACAGCAGGUCGAGCGGCGCGAUCGCUUCUUCUGCACAUAGCCGCGAUCGCGCACUUUCACCCCGCCGACAUGUCUCUUCACGGCAAGAGAAAGGAGAUCUACAAGUACGAGGCGCCGUGGACCGUGUACGCCAUGAACUGGAGCGUCCGGCCCGACAAGCGCUUCCGCCUGGCGCUGGGCAGCUUCGUGGAGGAGUACAACAACAAGGUACAGCUGGUGGGCUUGGAGGAAGAGAGCUCAGAUUUUGUGUGCAGGAACACCUUUGACCACCCCUAUCCCACAACCAAGAUUAUGUGGAUUCCUGACACCAAGGGGGUCUACCCAGACCUGCUUGCCACCAGUGGGGACUACCUCCGCAUCUGGAGGGUCAGUGACACAGAGACACGUCUGGAAUGCCUUCUUAACAACAACAAGAACUCGGACUUCUGUGCCCCUCUCACUUCCUUUGAUUGGAAUGAGGUGGAUCCCAACUUAUUGGGCACAUCUAGCAUUGACACUACCUGCACCAUUUGGGGUCUGGAAACCGGCCAAGUGCUAGGUCGUGUCAACUUGGUGUCCGGCCAUGUAAAGACCCAGCUGAUUGCCCAUGAUAAGGAGGUGUAUGACAUCGCUUUUAGCCGGGCGGGUGGUGGCCGGGACAUGUUUGCAUCGGUGGGAGCCGAUGGCUCCGUGCGCAUGUUUGAUCUGAGGCAUCUGGAACACAGCACCAUCAUCUAUGAGGAUCCUCAGCACCAUCCGCUGCUGCGCCUCUGUUGGAAUAAGCAGGACCCCAACUACUUGGCCACCAUGGCCAUGGAUGGCAUGGAGGUGGUGAUCCUGGAUGUGCGGGUGCCCUGCACACCAGUUGCCAGACUCAACAACCAUCGUGCCUGUGUCAAUGGCAUUGCCUGGGCACCCCACUCCUCUUGUCACAUUUGUACUGCAGCGGAUGACCACCAAGCUCUAAUCUGGGACAUUCAGCAGAUGCCCAGGGCCAUUGAAGACCCCAUCCUGGCCUACACUGCUGAAGGGGAGAUCAACAACGUGCAGUGGGCCUCCACACAACCCGAUUGGAUAGCCAUCUGCUACAACAACUGCUUGGAGAUCCUUCGGGUCUAAUCUCUGGUGUGGAGCAGAGCAGGCUUGCAAUGGGCACACGGUGAGGGGUCAGCAAUCAGAAAAGUAUGGAAUGGACAAAUGUCAGUGAAAGAAAAAGUGUAACACAAAUGAUUGCAUGUAUCACUUAAGCAAAGAGUAGUUUUUCCUUUUUUUCAUUAAAAAUUGUAAGCACAGGGCUUUCAUGUGUGUGGUUAAGCUUUUUUACCCUUGUGACUGAUAUCUAUGAAGUAGCUGUGUAAACAGUGCAAUUGACUGGAUUGACUUGAGGCCAGUCUUGGAUGGUGCAGUACCCUCAAAGACUGACUGCUGUUAAAAUUUUGGGCAGAAUUUUAAUGUUAUGAUUUUAGGUUUUAUAUACCAGUACAGCUUUUUGUUCCCGGUCUUCCUGUGAGUCUCCAUUCCAGUGAAGUCUUUUCUUUUUUUUUUUUGGGGACAUGAUGCUUAACGGAGGUCAACAAUAUUUGACAGUUGACCUUCCAAGCUUCACUUUUCCCUGUUAUAGUUAUUUAAAGGUCAACUUGACACGGGCUCUUGCAAGUCGCACCUGCAGUUUUACCGUUAACUUAAGAAGGCUUGAUGUUAAACUCAGAGUAUUCAAGUGAGUUAUAUGCAGUAAUAUGAUUUUGUGGAAUAUACUAUUUGUGUGUGAAGAAUGCCAGUUUUGCAUUUCAUAUCAUGGCCCGUAUGAAUUCCUGAUUGCAGGAUGUUAUGGUGUGAUUGAAAAUCACAAGUUGCGAGGCUUUCUACAUUGUAAAACUGUUAAUUGAUUUUGGUGUUUUAUUAGGACUUUGUGUUUGAGUCCCUUGUGUAUUGUGUGGCUCGGAAUUUUCUUAUGCAAAUUAACAGAUUUUGGGAAGUAUAUGUAAAAACAAAAUUUUUCAAUAUCUGAUCAAUUACAGUGAGCUGGGUUUACUUAGGGAAAAGGUGCAUCCCUUCACUGACAUCCCUCACUCUUUGGGUCUUUGUAAAAACUUUGUACAUAUUUUCUCAAAGAUAGAUGUAAGCUGGCUGUAAGGAGCAAUAUAAAAACUGCUGUGAAGUGACUUAAGUGUCUUCCGCAGGUGCUGCCAACUGAGUUGUACAUCAGGGGCCAUGUGUUUUACUCAAUUCCUAUGAAUACUAGAGUAGGAAAGAAAGGAAACAAGAAUGUUUUUGGAAGAAGGAUGGCUGCAUUUCAGUAGAGCUCUGCUAGAACAACUGGAUACUUUAACUGACCUUUAAGGCCUUCCUUUGUGUCCUCUUUUCCGUCUAGGUUAUAUUAUCAAAGGCUGUAUGAUUUAUAGCACACUUAUGCCUAGACAAAGUGAAUAUACACCCUCGUUACUUGUUCCCAGAAGUCCUAAUAGUGCAGUAUGCAAGCAGGACAUUUUACAUUUCUAUUUAUUACUCUUCAAUGCCUUUUGUUCUUAUAUGUAGAAUAUAUUAUAUGAAGAUGUAGUCUUGCAGAUAAAGGAGUGACAGAUGUGGAAUGCUGGAGGUGACUGUGCGAACAGAGCUUUAAGCAUGAAGAAUGGAAAAAAAUGUUACAAUCCUCAGCAAAGAGGCAAAAAUGUAAAUAAGUUUGGAUAAGGCGAGCCAGUGAUGCUACCGACUGAAUUGACGGAGCCUCUCCAAAGUAUGGAAAGUCAUGUUAUGGGAGAUCAGCUUAGUAUAAUAAUGAUUAUACUAACUCUGUCCUGUUGGUUUCAGACCACAGGUCCAGACCAAGGCAGCACAGAUAAGGCCUGAGUAGCCUUACCAUAGUUACCUUAGAGACUCUUGAUAAUGGUUGUUGCCUCCUGCAUGCGACACACUUGUCUGUCAGCAUCACUGCCAGCCACAACACCUUGCUAGAGGUUCAGUUCUGUCACUUUUCCCUUCUGAAAAUGUAUGUGUGUGUGUGAAGAGCUUGUGAUGAGUUAUUUAUGCCAUUUACUUACGUUUUUCGUACAUAAAUAAA